UUUUCUCGUUUCAUUUCGUAUUGAAAUUUCGUGGUGGAAACAAGUUUCGCGCACUCUCGCUCACUCUGGGCCAAGCGUUGUUUUCGUAGUUAGCUGCCAUUGUUCGUUGUGUUUACGAAAGACAGAGAGACGGACAUUGGGACAGACAGACCGACAGAGAUCGGUCGUUUAAAAACGUAAAAACCAUUAAAAAAUUGUACAAAAGAAAGAAAACAAGAAACAAAAAAAUACAUGAACGGUCAUAAAUAAAUUGCGUUGCGGUGAUUCUAAUUCAAACGUUUUGUCACGAAAAAAAAAACUAAAAAUAAAGCGACAUUAGUGUCAUCGCUGAAAGCAAAAUUGAAGAGCAAAUUUGUUGCUGUGUAAUUUUCAACAUCAGUGAAAUAACAAAGCAAAGCACAAAAACAGCAAGAGCAACAUUACUUGGUAACUUGGUUGGCUGUCAAACGGGGGUUAUUUUGCACAUAGCAAUUAGCACCAGCAACAAAAGUUAACGCCGCCGCAUUGCGUCGCUUUGCUAUUCACCUACCAACGGGCGAAGUUUUUGGGAAAUUUUCAGUUUUGUUUUGGUUUCCGUGGAUACACCAAAGUCAUUUGGGCCGACAACCAGUUCACCUGCAUCAUUAUUUGCAAGCGGAGUUUCCAAGUAAUCGUUCAUACCGAGGAUUGCUGCUGGCUGUUCCAAGUUGCUUAGCCACAUCACUUGGCACCGCCCAAAACUUGGUGAUUUUCCUCAGAGAAUUUUUGGAUUAGUGAGACAGACGCCUUUGUGACUGACCAUGGCAUUUUUUCGCAAAUGGAAAACCCACUACAAACACAAAAAAUUCACCUCUGAUGAUGCCAUAGAUGGCGAAGACUGGGGCUUAGGUGAAAAGAGCCUCAAGGAAUCCGGCAGCACAAAAAAGAACAUCGAUAACAUGAAGUUGAAUUUGGAGGGAGCUCUCGAAGCCGACGACGAGGAAGACAACAAGCCUAUAUUCCAAUCGUUUGACAUCAAAUAUCUUGGCUGUACACCCAUUGAGAACAAACGCUCCGAGAAGAUAACAUCGGAGGCUAUAAAAACUGUGAUUGCCAAUGCCAAAGCCGGAGGUAGGAAGAUCAAAACACAAAAGCGGGUCAAAGUCAACAUCUCAGAGGAGGGAAUCGAAGUGCUGGAUCAUGCCACCGAUGAUACUCUGAUGCGUUUCUCCAUUUACAAAAUUUCCUAUUGUUCUGUUGAUGCUUCACAUGAUCAUGCCUUUUCAUUUGUGGGCUCGGAGCCGGACCCAUUGUCCGAUAAAGAGAAAAUGUCUUGUCAUGUCUUUUUGUGUCCCAAGCGUAAGAUAGCCCAUGAAAUAACUUUGCUGGUGGCGCGUUGCUUUGAAAAUGCCUAUCAACAUUGGCGGGACACAGUUGUGCAUCAGGUGAAAAACCCUCAAAAUGGUGGGGUCACUGUUACCACCACCACUAUUGGUAAUAACAAUAACAACAAUGGCAAAAAUGAAAGCAAUCACAUAUUGAAGGAACAAAAUGGCUUUGGCGGAGGUCUCAUACAAUCCAAGGCCGAUGUACAUUUCACUGCGCCGCAGAAGGAUGAGAAGAAGAUUGACAAUCCCCUAAUCGAUCUAGCUGCCACCGAUAGCGAUGUCCGCAAAUACUUACAAAACACAUGGGUAUCCUUUGAAGAUGAGCCGGAGGGCUUCCACAUUGCGGCAUGCUAAUGUUGGCGAUAUGUGAUCAAAUGUUUCUUCUUUUGCCAAAAGUCUAAAUAUUAACCUUUCUAAAUAAUGUUGUCCUACGUUAGUUUAAUUAUUUUGCACAUACUUAUUAUGUACAUAUCUAUGAUAGUUGUUUAGUUUUUACUUGUACAUAUAUAUAUAUAUAUAUACAAUACCACAAAUGUAUAUGUCGUCAACAUUAUUAUUGUUAAAAUUUUUAUAAAUAAACUCUAUUAUACUCCUUUA